CGUUGUGUCCUAAAAUAUAUUUAAAAUGCAAUUUUAUAUGUAUUAAGUUGUUUCAUCACGAAAUUAGCAUCAAUCUUAAAGAUGGACAGUGACUUCAUUGUACCGAUAAAGGCUUUGCACUUGAGAUCAUUCGGAGAGCUCGAUAAAAAUUCGGGAUUUGCGAAGCUACGCAGGAGCCUGGAGAUUUAUCGUGAUCUGUUGUUCGGCCACCAGCAAGACAUAUAGUUUGAAAUCUCACACGGGUGCCACCGCCAGUUCAGGAGGCUAAUUGCAGCUGUUUGUCUCCCUGAGCUGUGCUAUGGCUUCAGGUGGCAGUGAUGGGGAACCUUUUCGAAGAAACCCAGACAAAACACAUAAGGACCACUGUAAAGGUGCAUCACAGUCUGUAACUGAAUUAGAUGUUGUGGAAGAGACCGAAGAUGUCUUCAAGAGUUAUGUAUUCUUCCGGUACUGCACAGAGAGGGAGGAACAAGGGGAACUUCCAGAUGAUCCAGAGAUAACCGGCAUGCAUCAGCCUACUAAUAGUACUACAGCUCUUGUAGGCCGGCAACUUGCUGUUAUUGGAGAUGACAUCAAUCGAAGAUAUGACCUGGAGUUCAACAAUUUGUUGUCAAGACUGCCACUGAAUGCACAAAAUGCCUAUGACUACUUCUGCAAAAUAGCUGAUGGGCUUUUUGAAAGUGGUAUAAAUUGGGGCCGUGUAAUUGCUUUAUUGGGCUUUGGCUAUCGCAUGGCCAUUUAUGUCUUCCAGAAUGGUAUGAAGGGAUUCAUCAGUCAAAUUGCAAAAUUCAUUGCGAAGUUUCUUUUGAAAAAUAGAAUUGCACAAUGGAUUGCAAUGCAAGGAGGCUGGGUGGCGGCUUUAGAGUUAGAUAAUAUCUAUGUCAAGUGGAUGUUUAGAAUUCUGGCUGUGGUUCUGCUUGGUGUUUUCGUGGUUCACAAGUUUCACAAAUCUUAAUGCAUGGAACUUUGCUGGAGCAGGCCUCUAGCCUUAGACUGGAAAACUUAUUUUUAGAUGCAAUUCACAGCUACAAAAUUGUGAAGACUUGCCACUGAUUAUGUAUGAAAUGUUUAACCGGAAAUUCCCAGCUGUGAUUUAUUAGAUAGUCAAUUUCAACAAUAAUUGUUUUAUUUUUUAAAUGAAGUUGUACCAGUUCUCAGGUGGACCACUUAAGUGUAAUCCAUUUCUAAAACAUGAGUUCAGUUCUCCUUUCUGUCAGCACAGAACUAUUGAAUACUGUACUGGCAACUAGUUUCCAUCUGUUUGUACCUGCAAAAACAGCAUUUGUAGCCUGAUUAUUGAGGCGUGGAGUGUUUGAUAUGUUUAACAAAAGUUGAGGGUAUCCUGUUGUAUCGAGGCAGUCUAAUUUUUAGCAAAGCAAUUUGUUCUUUGCAUUAAGACCUGGAUAUCUUCUCUAGGCUUUCAGAGCUUUUGCAUGGUAACCGCUAAUUAUUGUAACACAUGUGGGAAACAAUGUAGCUUAUAGAGCAGGGGUGGCCACCCUUUUAUAUUCCAUGUGUCAAUCUUUUCACGCAUGAGUUCAGAUGCGCCUUACAACUCUUGUACCCCCAUUCAAUUCUUGUAAAAUAAAUGUUAAUAUAGACAUAUUUAGUAUACUUACAUGAUAUAUUGAUUUAAUAUAAAAACAACAUAAAUGUUACUAAAUGAGAUUUUUAACAAAUAUAUUUUAUCUUUUGAUUUCUUCCUUUUUCUUAAUCACAUAUUCUUUCCGUAACUCAGACCCAAGCUUCAGUUUUCCUUCUAUUUCAUUCUGAUGUUGUGUUUUAUAGUGUCUAUUAAGAUCAUGUCUUCUAUUAUGUGAGAAAGUGUUUUCACAAACAAUGCACAACGGUUUUCCUAACAGAUCUGCUAUAAAUAAGAACUCAUUUUCCCACUGUUCAUUGCACCACUUCUAAUCAUCCAGUGCGCCAUAGGUUGGCCAUCCCUGAUAUAGAGCAAAUUAAAGUUUAUUUUAAAAUGGCUAGGCAAGUACUUGUGACAAAACUGAGUGCAUGUUCAUUCAAACUGUGGUUAUAACCGCCUGAGGUCUUUGUCUACAAUUCAUGAAUCGACUUUAAUCUAGUUUGGAAUUGAGUAAUAAUCUGAAUUUAGAUACCAAUUAGUUAUGUUGUUGAGUCCAAUUGGUAUCUCAAAGUAUCCUAAGGUUUUUCUGUGUAAAUUUGGCCUGAAGAUAAAUGAUGGUAAAUUUAUAAGUUAUUUAAAAAACUUUAAGUUCAGUGUACUUAUUUAUGUUCGAGAUUAUUUGAAGACCAACAUAACAAUGUGUAACACCCUGGUUCACUUUUUCAUAUUUGUAUAACUCCUUUAAUAGUGUGCAGUGUGCUAUCUGUUAUUUCUUGGCACGGUGUUGUAACAGGGUAGCAAAUUGCACAGCAUCCACACAAACCGGAGUUUGCAGUGGCAGAGCUGUCUCAAUCUCACGGGUUUGUCGUAACGGGAGUGUGUAUUCUCUAGAUUUGCGCAGCCAAGGAAACCAGCUAGGUUUCAAGUACAAAAGGAAAAACAUUUGGGCUUAUCCACAUUCACUAGUUUGUUUCUUGUUGCUGCUGCUCAAUUAACUCCUUGUCUUCUGUCACUAACUUAAGCACAUUUCUGCAUGGUGGGAAGUUUUUCGAGAAAUUGUUUAGUAUUAUGGAAAUUGAAAUGGGGACAAUUUGUGCACAUAUUCAAUGUUAGUGAUGUUACGUACCCCGUAACUGGGUGUCUUACCAGCAAAGAUAGAAGUAUCCAUUGGAGUCUGGUACUAUUUUCGAAACAGUGUUUAUUUGUAAAAUAUACAAAUCAAUAUCAACAAUGCAGAUAUACAGAUAAUACGCGUUAGCAAUACUAAACCUAAAAGUGUGAGAAUAAUAAUAAUAAACAAGCUCUAUCGAUGUCUAGGGGAUAAUGAAUUGUCAUAUGUGAAUAUAAAGUUCAGUUCAGUUCAUACAGGCUGAGGUAAUUGUUGGUCGAUGUGUUGUAAUUAUUGGGGAGAGAGAGAGAGAGAUCAAACAGUGACAGCCAGUCAAACCUUCCUUUACAAUCUUGAUCCGUCAAUGUGUUGUUGUGGCCAUUCAGGUAUGACCCCUCUGUCCUUUAGCUAGACCGUUCUUCUAUGGUGGACUCGUCACCCAGGCAAGGGUGGACACACACUCAAGCCCCCACCGGCCUCGCUAUAAACACUGUGAGUUAAAAUUGACCGAUCCUUCGUUAUGUGGAUAAGCCCCAUCCUUUCUCGUGGGUUCCAACACUUAAGCAGUGCUCACUAGUGUGUCUCUUGGUGCAUCUCCUGGUGUGUCUGAGGGGUGUCUCCCCAGACCUCACUUUUAUCCCUACUCACGGGGUUUCAGGUGUCAAUCAGUUUUGAAUGGCUUAGACCAUCAAACCAGCCCACUCUGGCUGUCCACUGAGGAAUUUUAAUGAACAGAAUAGUACCAAGUAAACAAUCUUUCUCCGAAGCCAUAAGUCUUACAGGAGUCAUAAUGUGGUGGAACAACAAGUCCCUUCCUCCCUGUGUUAUCUCGCCCUUGUCUGAAGCAAAUGUUCCAGUCUCAGUUCCAUCUCCUUCUCUCUCAUUAGCAGCCUGGCAACAGUAACGGUUUGUAAUUCUUCCAGGGGAAGGGGACAUAGGCAACCUUGCACCCUUCUGCCCAUCAGAUCUGUUCAUCCUUCAUAACACCCCCAUCCUUCUAGGAAUUUUCACCAUAGGGGAAAAUUAACUAGUACAGCGUUUUACAGGAUUACAGAGUUUAGCAAAAAAAAAUACAGAAGUAUUCUUAACUAUAAAGCAAUCCAGAUAUACCUUCACUUAGCAUCUAGAUAAACAGUCACUGAUUACAUUGUCACUUCCUUUAAUAUGGUGUAUCUUAAUAUCUUGUAUAUUAAUAAAUUCCUGUAGCAUCAGACUCCAAUUUAAUAACUACCUAUUUUAUUCCUUUUCGUCAGCAAAGACAAACUAAAGGGUUGUGAUCUUAGCUUAAAGGUAUAUUACAAAAUGUGAACUAAUACAUGUGUGAUUAUACUGUGGUACAUUACUGAAGUUUGUGCAAAUACUAAUCUCUAUUUUACUUUUAAACUUAACAGUCAAUCUUCCAUGGUGUUUUCUUUAUUAUUUACAUGCUUUGUCAAAAUCCCUCAAACCCAGAUCCUGUGGCAUUUGUCAACCUUUGCCCCUUUUCCAUUUAACUCUCCCAUGGUUGGCUUGCUCACCAGUGUAGAAUAGGCUUUCACAUACUCCUUUCAUAGGAGUUAUCACCAAUGUUUUCCAAACUUAGCCCAUUUUCUGAACUUGCACACAAUUCUUUAUUUAUCAGCAAGUCAUUAAUUCUAUCUUCAGGACCCUUCAUUCUAUUAGUUUUCAGUUUAACAUCUGCAAGUGAUCCCUCUUUGUCAAAACAACACUUGUGAUUCUGUCCCUCCAAAUCACAUCCUUGAAUAACAUCAGCAAGUUGUUUACCUUUAAAUUCCAAAACAAACUCUAGUUGAUUCACAGACAACUUGUUAACAAGCCAUUGUUCCUUCAACCUGGUUACUGCUUCCAAAACCAAUUCAGACUUUAAAUUUUCUUUUUUCAAUUUAGGAACAACACCUUUCCCUUCUCCUUCAAGAAUAUUCACAUCACCACCUCUCAUCUCCUCACUAACUUUUAACCCACCUUCUAACACAAACAACUGAGAAUUCUCACUCUCCACUGGUAACAAGAUUAACCCUUUCUUCACUGAACCAAGUCCAUCUGACCCAAAAGGACUGCAUUCCUUUUCAACUAAAUCAGAUACUUCAGACUUUUCCUGAGUUUCAUUACUAGGUUCAGUAUCCUGUGCAUCCACAUCUUGAACACACUCAAACGGGACAUCUAUCUCUUCCCAGGCUUUCAAUACUAGUCCCUUUUUCAAAUUCUAAGUUCCCCUGAUCCUCCCAGUUACUCUCUGGGCGACUCCCAUCCGGAGUAAACUCAACCCUGUGGGUUAAAACAACUUCAUCUGCUAACCCAGCAGACUCCUUCAAGGUAAUGGCAUCCUUUUCAUCUAGGACUGCCCUUAUAUCAUUAUUGGGAACACAUUUAAAAUUUUCAACUUCAAACCGCUCUGUCAGGCCAGACAGAUCAUCCAUGUCCAACCCUGGACCUUCUAACUGCUUUAUCUGCUUCUUAUCUUUACUCCGUGCCUCCAUAAAUUCCUUCCUGGCUAAGGGUAGGUCUACCUCCUCUCCUUUACUCUCUCUCACCUCCCUAUUCUCCGCUUCACCAUCCCCUAACCCCUCUUGGUACAGGGUCGGUAAAAAUGUCUCAGCCAAAUCAACAUUGGACUCAUUUAAACUGUCCUCUUUCUCAGCCGCCUUUCUCGACAUGCUGCGAGUGAUUACGCAUGCGGAAUAGAUCUUAGAAUCCAGGGGUGUGUCCUCAGCACUCACAGGCUUGCUUGUUAAUUUCACUGCUGAACACACGUCACCACCUGCUAAAUCAUUACCAAGAAGGACGUCUCUCGGUAAUUCUGACUGCACCCCUACUUCGACUGGUCCAGAUACCAGCUCACAUUUAAAAAUGAUCCCAUGCAAAGGCACAGCUUCUGUCCCUUUUCCUGUACCUCUUAAAACUACCUCUUCAGUCUCAGGAUCAAAAUCUAGCACCUUACUUGGGAUCAAUGACUGAUCAGCCCCAGUAUCUCUCCAGAUUCUCACUGGAACUGGGGUCUGUCCUUCUUUCACAGACACCGUCCCUUCUGAAAUAAAUUUCUCACGCCCCUUUUGUACUCUAUCUACCUUUGCCUUCCUCAUCGAUUUGCUGAUCCACUCAAUACACCCUGUAGGGACUGCUGUUUUCCCUUUUCCUGUCUCCUUCUUCAGAGCAAAGCACUUAGAUGCAAUAUGACCAACCUUUCCACAAUUAUAGCAGAUCAAGCCAGGAACCUUCCUGCCAGCCUGCUUUUCCUCCUCCUCCUCCUCACCUUUUCUCCUAGUUUAUUCUCUACCUUAGCCGGUGGACUUUCGUAACCGUCCCUACUGCCUUUCAGGUAACUCUUAUUUGAGGAAAACUUUGUCUUGUGGGUUAAGGGCAUAUUCAUCUGCGAACCUAGCAAAUUCCGAUAUAGACUUAAUCGGCUUCUCGUUCAGAUACAUCCGGAUAUUAUCCGAAACACAACCUUUAAAUUCCUCAGUCAGAAUUAACUCUCUGAAAUGAUGGAAAUCCUCCUCCACCUUUUCUGCAGCACACCAACGAUCCAAGAGCACACCCUUCUCAUAGGCAAACUCUGCAUAUGUCUGAUUCCACAGUUCUUUCAAAUCUCUGAACUGUUGUCUAUAUGCCUCAGGUACCAACUCGUAGGCCCGAAGGAUAUCCUCUUUUACUUCCUCAUAAUCCGCAGACUCGUCCAUGGACAAUGCCGCAUAUGCCCGUUGAGCCUUACUUUUUAAUGCACUUUGUAACAACGCCACCCACUGAUUUCUGGGCCACUUCUGAUUCACUGCCACAUUUUCAAAAUGCAAGAAGUAACUAUCAACAUCUGUCUCCUCGAAUGGAGGUACUAACCUAAACUCCCUACUAACAUUAAACUUCUCCUUUCUUGAGCCUUCCUCUCAGUCUUUUCCCUGUUGCUUUACCCUCUCUAUUUCCAGCUCAUGUUGCCUCUCUUUCUCCCUUUCCUUCAUCUGCCUUUCAGCUUUCUUUUCUUCCUCCUCUGCUUCCAACCUUAAUUUUUCCAACUCUAACUGAACCACCCCAGCAACUGGUUUCUUUUCAGGGAUAAGUUCCAAUACCCCCAAGGUGAACAUAUCCUCGGAUAUAUAAUACUGGGCUAUGGCCCUCUGUAUCUCCCACUUUUUCAUUGACGACUUCACCUCUGUGAGAUUUAAACCUUUUGCAAUAUUCACCAAGUCCGUCUUAUUGGCACUCUCUAGCGCCAUCAAAGUCAGGUUUUGUAUAAAUUCGUCUACAUCCAUCUUUGCUCGUUUCCCGUCUGGUUACCCACACAACCAGAACAAAUAAUGGACUUAUAGCCCAAUUCACUGGCCCCCCCCCCCCCACCAAUUUGGUAUCAAAUCUCGAGACGAGGCCCCAAUUUGUUACGUACCCCGUAACUGAGUGUCUUACCAUCAAAGAUAGAAGUAUCCGUUGGAGUCUAGUACUAUUUUCAAAACAGUGUUUAUUAGUAAAAAUAUACAAAUAAAUAUCAACAAUACAAAUAUACAGAUAAUACAUGUUAGCAAUACUAAACCUAAAAGUGUGGGUAUAAUAAUAAACAAGCUCUAUCGAUGUCUAGGGGAUAAUGAAUUGUCAUAUGUGAAUAUAAAGUUCAGUUCAGUUCAUACAGGCUGAGGUAAUUGUUGGUUGAUGUGUUGUAAUUAUUGGAGAGAGAGAGAGAGAGAUCAAACAGUGACAGCCAGUCAAAGCUUCCUUUACAAUCUUGAUCCGUCAAUGUGUUGUUGUGGCCAUUCAGGUAUGACCCCUCUGUCCUUUAGCUAGACCGUUCUUCUAUGGUGGACUCGUCACCCAGGCAAGGGUGGACACACACACAAGCCCCCACCGGCCUCGCUAUAAACACUGUGAGUUAAAAUUGACCGAUCCUUCGUUAUGUGGAUAAGCCCCAUCCUUUCUCGUGGGUUCCAACACUUAAGCAGUGCUCACUAGCGUGUCUCUUGGUGCGUCUCCUGGUGUGUCUGAGGGGUGUCUCCCCAGACCUCACUUCUAUCCCUACUCACGGGGUCUCAGGUGUCAAUCAAAGUUUUGAAUGGCUUAGACCAUCAAACCAGCCCACUCUGGCUGUCCACUGAGGAAUUUUAAUGAACAGAAUGGUACCAAGUAAACAAUCUUUCUCCGAAGCCAUAAGUCUUACAGGAGUCAUAAUGUGGUGGAACAACAAGUCUCUUCCUCCCUGUGUUAUCUCGCCCUUGUCUGAAGCAAAUGUUCUAGUCUCAGUUCCAUCUCCUUCUCUCUCAUUAGCAGCCUGGCAACAGUAACGGUUUGUAAUUCUCCCAGGGGAGGGGGACAUGGGCAGCCUUGCACCCUUCUGCCCAUCAGAUCUGUUCAUCCUUCGUAACAGUGAAAUUAUCAGUUAGUGAACAGGUAAGAGCAAAGAAGCUGAGUGGGGAGAGAGGUGGCCAUUUUGAAGUUGGAAGCAGGAGAGGGCUAAAGUUAUAAUGAAAAAAUCUGACUUUUUUUUACUUGAAGCUCAAAGGGGAAAAUGAAUUCUGUGAAUACAGUAGUUAGGGUAUAUUUUCAUACCAAUGCAAGUGCAUUAAAUAUCUAAUUUUGUAACUUAGUGGUACAUGCAGUUUUCAGGUGCAUGUCCUUACCUCGGGUACUGUGAUAAAGAAAUUUGCUAAUACUGUCCAAACCAGAGGAACCCAAUCAAAGAAAACAGUUGGACAACAACUGUAAUUGAUACAUAGCCACUUUAUUGUGUUUUGAGUUUAUUUUCAAAAUGGGGCUAGUUUGCCUCUUGUGCAAUGACUGAGGGAUUUUUGGUGCUGAUUUUGCUAUUGAAGUAACUUGCUUACAAAGCUCAAAAUUUUAAAGUUGAGUUUUUUGCAGAUUUUGAAUGACUACUGAGGGGGUAUAUUUCCUUUCCCAAACAUUAUUAUUCUUAACAUUUCCUUGGCUGGAAAUUGCUGUUUUCCUUCAGUGAUUUGAAUUCUGUAAACAAAAUGUCUGUCUGUGAAGUAGUAAAUUGUGGAAAGGAUGUGUGACAGGUAUGAUGGCAGCUGACAGAUUUGUGAGCUGCUGCCAUAGGUUUUGCCAUUAUCCUUUGGAGGUUGAUGAAUUGCUUAAUUAAGGUCUGUCAGAGGAAAUAUUAUAUGAAUCUGACACUUUGUAUUUUUUUUCUCAUAUUUUGUACACUUUCAGUGGUGAAUUGAGUAGUCUGAGAGUCUGAUAUGGAGCAACUUGCUCAGCUUCAUAGCUGUUCUUGCCCAGGGAGUUUUCUGUAAAACUGUUGUGCUCAUGGUCAGUCAGUGAAUAUUUGUUUUCAGACUUCACCUGUAGAAGAUGGGAAGGAGGCUAAUCAAAUAGUUUGUGCUCUUUGUGCUGGCUAAUUCGGAUGCAUUUCCUGGUAUGUACCAGAGGUGUCUGUGCUAAAUUAGGUAGUCUUCCAAUGGUUGUACAUGAUCUUAAAUUUGUAAACAUUUUUUAACCUAUAAUAUGAAAUCUUUGAAUUUCAGUGAACAUGGAUCUUCAAUUUUAUAUUUGUUGAGCAUUGAAUUCUUUGAAAGCUCAUUAAAAUGUUAACUAAGUUGUUAAAUUAGUGCAUUUUCAGGGGGUGUGGCUUUGACUACCUUAAAAAGAAUUGAAGCCCAAUAAGAUGGACAUGAAAUGAAAAAAUAAUGAAAGGAUAAUACAAAAGGAAUUUGUGAUAGAUUAAUAUUUGACUUCUCAUGCAUAAGACAUGUGUUGAAGCAUCAGGUUUAUGCUGUGCAUGUGAUGAGUUCUCAGUUCUCUACCAGAGCAAUCACAAUACCUGUAAGUUUGGAUGUCAACAUUGUUUAGCUGCAGGUGACAGCUAUAUGCAAUAUCAGUUUUAUCCACAAACGGUGGUGCAUAAGACAAAUCAAAUCUCAUUUGAGGAUCUGGUAGAACACCAAGCAUUACUGAAACCAAGCUCAGUGCAUAGAGAAUAUUGUACAACUCUUUCAGACUGUUCAAAGUUCAUACAGUGAGCCAAAGGUUCUUGUGGAGUAAAUACCUAAUAUUUUAGAAGAUGAAAUUGCCAGUGAGCUAAAUUGCAGCAAAACCUUUUAGAACUGGUUUCUCCAGUUCCUUUCAUACUGAGUUUUUUGUUUGUUUUCUGUUUAUCAAAGGCCAAUUUCAAAUCCAGCUAUAUUCCAGUAUAAGAAAAAUGUAAACCCAGAGUAAAUUGUAAAUGCAUUUGAGUUUAGUACAGAGUUAUGUGCGGUCCUUCACACUUUAAAAGUAGUGGUGUUAAAUAUUUUUUCAGGAAACUUCCAAAAUAAUAAUAUAUUUCAUCAAUUUUAGUACAGCAGAAUUUGACCUUGCAAACAUAACAGCAUUAACUCUUCUUGGGUUUGUGUGAUUUUUUUUUUACCCUCUGUUUUUUGAACUCAUUUCACCACUCUUUACCAGCAAACAUUAAUUUCCUUUUGUAGGUAUGUUUCUUUGUAAGCACUUCUCGCUAGCAAUAAAUAUGGACUGAAAAUUUGCUUCAAGUUUCUAGCUUCUGGCAAACAAAACAUGCAAAGAUCCAAACAAGUAUUGUUUUGAUUGUGUCUGCACAUUCCACAGUGAGUCAAUUUAAAUAAGUGAAUUUUUCCAAGUUUAUGCUUGUGCAGCAUAAAUGAUACUUGUGAACCACUGGGGAAAUAAAGUGCAAAUGUAUCUUCCAUCUGGGGGGGAGAAAAAGGAUUAAUUAAUCAGAUUUCAGCUGUGAUCUUGUGGAUAGCUAAGAAAUGGCUACUUACUAAAAGUGAAGCUGCUGCAUUUUGGUUCUUGACUCUAAUUGCAGUCAAGUUCUUCCGAACGAUUAUCAAAGAUUAUUACAAUUUCACACAUUCACUAUUUGCCUGUUGAUCCUGAGCCCUAAUUAUGAUGUUGAUGUAAAUCAUAGGUCACAAUGGCAAUCAUAUCCUUUUAUUCUGCAGACGUGUAAGUUUGUUACAGAAAGCAUUAGUUGAUUUGGUGAAUGUAUCUGCCAUUAAUUUUGCUAAUGUUAAAAUGGUAUUAUGGUGUGUCUGUUUAAGCAUUAUGUGAAAGUGUUCUUAAGAUUUUAUAUUUUACAUUUUCUCUCAUGAGAACAAAUGUGUACUGAUUGUCUUAUUCUUUCUCUUGUUGGGAACUUUUUGGAGAAUUACCAAUUUGAAAUGGCUAAAAUGUUUAAGUGCAAAGAACGCUGUAUACUUGAUGUUGAAUCAAAUGCAGUUGAAAUCAAAUUUGUAUCAGUUGUGCUGUUCUGUUUACUGUUGCUGGAAAUAAAUGAGUUGUGUUUGUAUAGUGAAAUAAAGCCAUGUCUUUACAAACAAAUAUUGUUUGCAAAUUUAAAUAAAACCUAUAAUAAUCA